AUGUCAUCCGUAAAUCCUUCUGCUUUAAGGGCGCUCAAAAGAGCAGCGUGUGCAGUCCAUGAAAGGUGGGAUGUCUUCUACCCACAUCCACUCCUACAGACCCUCUCACACAGGACUGCAAGCAGCAGCGUUUUAUCUCAAGCAAGGAGGGGCCGAUUGGUACUUGCAUCACGGUCUAUCAAAGGAGGUCAUUCCUAUGCUCCUAGCCUCUCUGGAAGAGCAUAUGGUGCUAAGGAAUCUGCUGCGUUUUCAUCACUCGCCGUAAAUUAUGUUCCAGCAACACCCUCCGCAGUUCGUGCUGCUCAGUUCGGGACCGUGAACAAGCGGGAUUAUGCCCUUGUAUCUGUGGAUCUUCCUGGAGGCAAUACGGGCAAAUGGCCGGGUUUGUGGUUGAGAGAUAACUGCCAGUGCAGUAAAUGUAUUCAUUCUGACACGAGACAGCGACUCGUUGAUACAUUUGCGAUACCUGUCGAUAUUCGUCCAUCAGCUGUGAGGAAUCUAGAGAAUCAUUUAGAGAUCGAAUGGGCAAAUGAUGGCCAUGUUAGCACAUACGGUUAUAACUGGCUAUCAGAACACCAUCUUAACCAAGACCGCUCUGCACCUGAGACUGCGAUAUUUAGCUCUGAGAGACAAGCCAUGGCCAAUGACCCAAAGGCCUACCCAACUGUCCUGUACGAUGAGGUGAUGUCCUCCUCCGACGGAGUGAGGGUAUGGACAGAUAACAUUUAUCGAUGGGGAUUUUCGUUUGUCAAGGGCUGUCCGGCAACCCCUGAAGCCACGGAGAAACUCUUGGAACGAAUAUCAUUCAUCAGACAUACACAUUACGGUGGAUUCUGGGACUUCACAUCUGAUCUUUCCCUGAAAGACAUGGCAUAUACAGCCGAGGGUCUCGGCGCGCACACGGACACCACAUAUUUUACAGAUCCAGCAGGCCUUCAAAUGUUCCAUAUGCUCUCCCACACCGACGGUUCUGGCGGAGAAUCGCUUCUUGUCGAUGGCUUCGAGGCUGCAAGGACCCUAUAUAAAGAGGACCAAGAAGCUUACAGGGUAUUAACAGAACAGUGUAUAAGCGGGCAUGCUAGCGGCAACGAAGAUGUCUGCAUGCAACCAGCUCGACCGUUCCCAGUGCUCAACCACCAUCCAGUUACAGGAGAGCUGUAUCAGGUCCGAUGGAAUAAUGAGGAUAGAAGUCCUUUAGUUGACGCGUCGCCGGAGCAAAUUAACAAAUGGUAUACCGCAGCCAGGAAAUGGAAUGAGAUUAUUAUGCGGAAGGAUAUGGAGCGUUGGUUUCAGCUGGAUCCAGGUUCCCCGAUGAGUAUGUCUAUGGCAGCCAUUACCAAUUCCCAUCGUAAUAACCAUUCCCCAGACAGUUUGUUGACAGAUACGUAG